AUGCUUCUUCUUUCGUACGUUUUGCUUUUCUUUGUCGCAGCAUCGAUUGCAAAUGGACAAGCGCAGCGGCCGGGAAGGCUACAAGUUCUAAAAAAAUCGCUAAGGGAUUCGCAGCACGUAGACAUCGAUAAUCAACUACUUUCGAUUAUUCAGCUUCCAAAGCUUGAUAAUUGCGCGUUGAUGUUGCAGACUCUUCUGCAGGAAAACAGCCGAAGCAAAUUUUUUUAUGCCGGCUUUGAUCCCAUCAAUUAUCAUCCUCCUAAUGGCGAAAAUGAAGGGCAACAUUCUGGAGAUCAAGAAGAUAAAUAUUUGCCAAAUAAUGAAUCUCGCAACGACGAUGUAGAGCUUGCGAAUGCAUAUGGCGCGUUCAAGCCGCCAGAAAUGCCUGAGGAUGCUUUGGGCGAGAAACGUCCCGAAGACGCAGACGCAUCAGCGGGAACUCUUAAUGCUGCAUUGAUGGGACAAUUGGCCAUCCACUCCGGCUCGUUUGCCUUUGGAAGAGGCAUCACGGUGGACAUUGACAUUGUUGCAAAAGGCACGUGGUACACAUUGAAGAAUGGGCUGGGGCGCAUUCUCAAGCUCGGUAUCAAGUCGCCAACGGCGCUUUCGCUGAAUCUUCUUUUUGACCGUUUCUGGCUUCCAGAGGGAAGCGAGCUUUACAUCCACGGAAAAACCGCAAUGCUGGGUGCAUACACGGCCGCUGUAAACAACAAGGAACACAUGAAAUUCGCCACCACUCCGCUUCCGGGAUCCUUCUUGCUCAUCGAGUAUUAUUCUCCAGAGUUUGUCAAGGAAGACCCAAUUUUGCACAUUUUCUCCGUCGUGCAUGGAUUUCGCUCAAUUUCCACCUAUUUGGACGAUCGGCCAGAAUUCGAGGCCCAAUGCGAGGCCAUUUCUUCCCAAUUUUCUAAUGAAGAAAAUAACGAAUCAUUUCAAGAGCAGCUAGCCGAUAAUUUAAACGGCACAAGGGCAGGCAUUUGUAACGUUAAUGCUCCAGCUUGCUCAGAGUGCAGCAAGCUUCUUGACCAAGCAAAGUCGGUAGCCAUCGUGAUGACCUCAAAUGGGCAGAAAUUUUGCAGUGGAUCCAUGAUCAACAAUCGGAAUCUCGAUGGUCGGCAGCUUUUUCUGACCGCAGACCAUUGUGUGAACGAGUUUAAUUCGGACUUUCGCUACAAUAUUCUUGGGUUUAACUACCAAUCCAAAGUGUGUGUGAACACGCCAAGGGAUUGGCCCCUAACGCAGACCGUACAAGGGCUAAAGCUGCUAGCUCGUUCCAAAGAGUCCGAUUUUGCACUUUUCGAGGUUCAAGAGCGCAUCCCCUCAAAAUAUCGCGUGUUCCUGGCAGGAUGGUCGGCCUCUCAAAUCGCUCCCAAAUCCGCCGCUUGUAUCCACCAUCCUUCCGGAGAUGUGAAAAAAAUCUCCAUAGUGACACCUGAUUCCGGUCAACCUGAUAAAAUUUAUUUGAGUUGCUGGAACGAAUGUCCACUAAACUACCACUGGAAGGUCAGCAGAUGGAGUAAAGGCGUUACCGAGCCUGGCUCCUCUGGCGCUCCGCUUUUCAACGAGGAUGGAUUGAUUGUCGGGCAGCUGCAUGGCGGUGCCUCAUCUUGUAAAAACCCAACCGGAUUUGAUAUCUUUGGCUCAAUUUUUGCGUCAAUGCAUACGAAAUCCUCGCGUUCAAAUAGUUUAAAAUUCUGGCUUGACCCAGGAGAUUCAAAGUCACUAGAUCUGAAGGGUGCGUAUUUAAGUGAUAUUAGAAGACAGUAUGUAAAAAAACGCCACCAUUGA